GCACACCAGCCUUCCUGCGCCUCAGCCACUUCCUACCCCAGCCUCUUCCUCCUAAGCGCUGAAUAAGCUACACUCCCGGGGCUGACACUGCACCAGUUUUUCAUCGCAAAAGAAAAGGAGGCAGAGAGGCAGCAAUGGAUGUGGAUCAUGAAGUUAGCCUCUUAGUGGAGGAAAUUCAUCGUUUGGGUUCAAGAAAUGCUGAUGGGAAGUUAAGUGUGAAAUUUGGGGUCCUCUUCCAAGAUGACAGAUGUGCCAACCUCUUUGAAGCAUUGGUGGGAACAAUCAGAGCUGCAAAACGAAGAAAGAUUAUUACGUACUCAGGAGAACUACUUUUGCAAGGUGUCCAUGAUAAUGUUGACAUUAUAUUGCUGCAAGAUUAAUGUGGUUUACAUAUCAUUGUUUAUUGUUAUUUUCUGGUAAACUGGAAUAUUUUCAAGUCAAAGGAAAAACAUGAACAUACUUAAUGUAUUUUUAUAGAACUUUGUAAACAAAAGGAGACUCAUUUUAGAAGUCCAUCCUUUUCGUAUCUUGAAAGAAAAUUUAUGUCUUACACUGUAAAAUAAAUAAAACUGAUCAUUUUUUCCCUCAGGAAUCUGAUUGAAAAAUGUAGGCAUUGAGGCUCUUUUGGUGGUUGUGCGAGAGUGUCCCAUCAAUCAUUCUUAGAUAAUUUCUAUAGGUAAUUGACAUUCUGUGAAAGCCAAAAGCAAACUGACGACCAGCUCCCACAGGGAAUAUUAUAAUGUUUAUGUAAUAAAAGCAUGAAACUAUCUUAAA